AUGACUAGACGUCAUAGACCUACUCUUUGCGAUUCACGCUUUCACUUCAUAAGUUCCAAGCAAGGGUGUGCAUUUCUCUCGACCGCAAACCUUCGUGUGGGAGCCUGGGAUCACUCUGAUUGCGACAAAACACGGAUAGGCUUCGGUUGUGAGGUCCCAUUGAAUUCUGUGUCGUCCCUGAACUCCACUAUCCGCCUUGAGGGUGCUCAACCCGCCUGGACUAAGGAAAAUAAUGCAGCUGGCCAGAUUUGCUACUUGGGCACGUGCUAUCGUCUUCUUCCAAGCUUUCCUAUGGAACUUGGAUUCGAUGAGGCAAAGGAGUUAUGCGGUGAUGCUGCAGUUGCUCUGCCACGUAACCCUCUAGAACUGAUAUUCCUCGUAGAUCGUCUAGCUAAUGCAUCCGUGUCAACCCGCGCUUGGAUUGGGGUUGAGGUCACAAACACCCAGGAUCGAUUAGAGUUUCCAAGAACCUCCUCUGUGACGCCCUGGCUCACAGCGGCCAUCCAUCGCUCUCAUCCGGCUUUUCUCAUUCCACCAUCCAAUCAAUCAGAAACCUUCUGCCUUCAAGUACACGUCAAUUUCACCUCCACCUCGCCUUUCCUCGUAAUGCCUUGCGUGGGUGAUGAUGAUGAAGAAGCGGAGGAGGAAGAAGACGCUACCUUGGUGACGGCCUUUUGUGCCACUCCAGAGCCGUCAUAUCCUGGAAGCUGUCCUGAUGGUGAGGGUAGUGGUGAAAGUGUGGAAUGGCAUGCAUUUGGUGACAAGUGCUUUGCAGUCAUGAGAGACUGCGAGGGUGACUCGGUACCGGCAAGUUUGAAGACGCCAGAAUUGGAUGCUUUUGCCGCUUGGCUAUUACCUUCCAAUCUCCGUUCUGAUGACGAGGUACUCAUUGGUGGAAUCGUAAAUACAACCUCACCAUUAACAAUCACCUGGCUUGAUGGGUCCGUUACUGAGGGAUUUAACCGGCUCAAGCCAUCAUUUCUGCAACACCCAGUCUCCAGAGACGGACUCUGUUUGGCAAUCCAGCCAGGCUCAGGAUGGUGGGUUUUGCGCCAAUGCAAAGGACAAAGCGCUCCUCGCCUAACCCUUUGCAGCAUUCCUAUAAAACCUCAAAAUCAUACCACUACCAUCGGUCCCCCCGUGCGUGAGUCUGAACCAAUGUGUCCAGAGGACUACUUCCCUCAUCACCGAAACAAUGGGUCCGUGGUCUGUUAUCGCGUAGUCCUCGGUGGAGCUCGAUCCCACGGUCACGAUUGGAGAGCAGCUGAACGCGCCUGUAGAGCAGUCGCCUUGGGCGGAGAUCAAAAAGUUCGUUGGCGAGGUAAUUUGGCAAGUUUACCGAACAAGGAAACCUCUGACGAUGUCAUUGCUCUGCUUCAACAGAACGCCUUUACGGUGGGAAUAUGGGAUGGAACAAAUAAUCUACCUGCGCAUAUGCUGAGACCCUCCGAGUUCAUUUGGCUUGGACUUUCAAAGUCGGAGGACAAACUCUUCUGGAACAAUUGGACUGAUGGUUCCACUGGAAAUCCUACAUUUUACGAUAAUCGCACCCGCCAAAAUCAAUCAUUUUUCUCCGACAGUUCUGGCUAUUUCUUUGAUUACGGUACCUGUAUUGCAUUGCAUCUGCUUUCAGGAUUUACCUAUUUUAAUGGUCAAUGCUUUCGAACGUUCCAUGACAAAUUCAUGACAUUUGCGGAGGCGCAGGCCCACUGUCACGACAUCGGUUCGCCGUACUCUCGCAACGGCAAAGCCGGCCUGGCUAUCUUCCGCUCAGAGGCUGAUCAGCUGUUUGUGGCUAGCCAAUUGUCACGUCUGCCGCGGAUGCCAGCCUCCCCCGGGUUCUACGGACGCGGAUCAGCAAUUUACGACCGACUGGAGGUGAUUUGGCGACGCUAUCAUUGGGUCGGUCUCUUCCACUAUCGCCACACUUUCCAUUCCGUUGAUGAGCGGGUGCCCUGCUACAUUGCGCAUGAGCUCAACCGACCGCUGGCCUCGUCAGCCGGGGGUCCGCUGUGCGUUUCUAUUACGGGUGUUCCCGACACAGAACACUUUGCGAGUCUCACUUUCGACAUCGGCUGCAACGAGAGUCUCCCAUUUGUCUGCUCGUUCGAGCCCUCACCGACCCGUUUGACGACAAAAUCUUCCACCUCAGUCUGCCCCAAGGGAUAUGCUACUCACAAUGCUGCCACUGGUGACCACUGUUAUCGAUUUAUGGGGGAGUGGAUGGGGUCCUACGAGGAGGCCACGGCAAUGUGUGCCCAAACCGCUGCUGGAGCGAGAUUGGCGGCUCUAACAACUCCCUUCACCGUUGCGUGGAUGCGCGCCCACCUUCCUUCUGAUUACACCGCCACUGGUAUGCUACCAUGGGAGUCAGUUCCACACUGGAUUGGCUUGAAACUCCGGGCGCGUGAUGAAUCAUCGUGGCGGUGGGCCAACGGGCUUCCAGUGACUCACACGCGCUGGUCCUCUCAGCCAGUCGAUGUCGUGAAUUCGGCCACGGACAUGUGCUUUGCUUUUGCAAAGUCUAUUUCGAUGACAAGCUAUGAGUUGGAUAUGAUCACUGUGAACUGCUCACGACGUCUGUCACCAUUGUGCGAGGCCGAUCCCCUUGUCGAGCUUCCCAUUUCUAUGUCAAAACCAGACGAAAGCUACUUGGCGGCCGACCAACACGAUUACAUUGGACGUCUUGCCAAGUCGGCAUCGGGGAAAGCAUGCAUUCGUUGGGAUUUAAUCUCCCCAACUAACACCAGCGAGAUGGACGCUCUUCAACGCGCCUUCCACAACUUUACCCUAGCCGCCGUUGCCGCGGCGCUGGACGUCAACUCAAGCACAGAUGGAGACAUUUACUCGCCAGCUUUUCAACCAGUCUUUAGCUCCGUCUGCAAUUGGUGUCGCAAUCCAGCAAGUCUCCGUGAUCAUGCCUUCUGUUACAUAGACGUUGACAAGUGGGAGUUCUGUACCCUCCCACCACCAUCAAUCUCGUCAUCUCCCUCUUCUCCUUCCACAUCUCAAAUUCGCACCACCCUGCCGUUCUCGGUGAUCUUUUCAAUUGUGGUCAUCUUCCUUGGUGUUUUCUUCCUCUUCCCCCUCUGCCUUCUGUUCAUCUUUUGCCUUCAUCGCAAAAGUCGCACAGGAUGGGUUUCAACUUCACCGGUGCAGGAAAUACUGUUGCAACGGCUGCCAUUUUCAUGGCGAUGGCGGUGGUCUAGAACGGCCAGUCAGCCCUGCCUACUUGCAGACAAUGUUUCCUAUAGCGCUGGAGCUGUGCAGGAGGAUACAAUCAGAGAUCCAGCCGCCUAG